AUGGCCUUAUGGGCAUUGAGAAACGGCAUGGUGAUCUAUGAUGCACAAGAAGAAUGCCUUGACGUGGAGCUGGUUUGCAAAAGGAAUUGUGCAGCCAGCCCCAAUUUCUUUGGGGUAGAGGUUGAGAGAGGGAAAGGUCAAAGGAGGGAGGAUAGGGGCUAUUGGCGUAAGACAAAGUGUGGGGGAGGGAAUUGUUGGGUGAAGGGCAGAGCAAGGAUGCCCAAGGGUUGGGUUGGGGGGAGGGGGGUGUUGCAGGAUCAAGGGAGGGACCCUGUUGAGGGUCAAUGGCCGGAGGACUGGCGGAGCUCAUGUCAAGGCCUUGUUGGCAUUGAGAAAAGACAUGGGGCAAAGGCAGAGACUGGGAGAUGGAAAGGUCAAUGGGGGAAGAAUAAGGACUAUAGGCGCAAAACGGAGUGCGAAGGGAGAGAAUUGUUGGGUGAAGGAGAAGGGGGACGCCUGGGGGUAGGCAAGGUAGGUGUUGGAGGAGAAUUGAGAGUGCAAGAGGAAAGGGGGGAUUUAUUAGAGAAGUGGAGUCAUGUCAAGGAGGGGGGGAAUCUUGUCGGGAGUUCAUGGUCAGAGGGGUUGGAGGUCUUGUUUUGA